AUGCCUCCUUCGAAUCGCAGUCCAACUACAGUCGAACAUACCAGUGCCAUGCUUGCUACGGCUGCCCCCACUACCGUCAUCAGAAGUACUAGCAGUGGUAGUGGUGGGAAUAGUAGUAUUAGUUACAGGAAGAGUAACAGCAACAGUCGCAGUCGCAUUCUCACCGAGGCCAACGAAGGCAAAGUGAAGACGGCUGAUUCCAAACCAGCUCCUUUGGAACAAGCGGCGUCCUCGUCCGCGUCCUCCACGACAGCAUCGUCUUCAUCGUCGUCGCCAACGCAACACUGGAAGCAUCGCAGUUCUCCCAUUUCCGUCGCGACGAGCAAGACCCCGCCGUCUCCACUGCUGCCGCAUCCGUCCAUGACCACCCCGAUUCCCCGUUGGAAACAUUUGCAACAAAAGCGUCUCGCGCUUUGUCAGCAGCGUGUCAAGCUGGAACAACGUCUUUUCGAAUACUCACAGGACAAGAAUAUUGUUGUUUCGCCGAGUCCACCACAUUCUCCGACGACGGCUCCAUCCGCAGCUUGGACUACCAAAAACAAAACCCCGACUCCGCCUCCACCCGUUCUCGCGUCCUCAUCGUUACUCCAACCGUCCUUGCCGGACUCCAAAGCUGCUCCACUCCAUUCCUGGACGGGUGCGUACUGCUCCGGAAAACCCCACGGACAAGGCACGCUCACCUACACCAACGGACAAGUCUUCACGGGUGAACUUUGUCAAGGCCGUCGCCACGGACACGGCGACAACGUCUGGCCCACCGGACAGCGGUACCGUGGGGCCUGGCGACGCGACAGUCGGGACGGCCGGGGCACGCACUCCUGGCCCGACGGACGCACCGUCACCGGACCCUGGAAAGAUGGACAUUUACACGGACGGGUACUCUUCCAGUGGCCCGACGGAACCGCCUACGACGGAGACUGCCACCAGGGGAAGAAACACGGACGCGGCAUACAAAGCUGGUUCGACGGACGCGUCUACGCCGGACAGUACGUCAACGGCGUGGAACACGGAUUCGGGACCCUCACCGAAGCCGACGGCGUAUCGCAGUAUCGGGGACAGUUCCGGGAUGGAUCCCGGGACGGCUACGGCAUUCAAAGUUGGCCCACCAAAACGUACGACGGCGAAUGGCGACACAACGUCGUGGACGGACGGGGGAAGUUGUCCUGGACGAACGGAUCGAACUACACCGGACAAUUCCGAGACGGGGUGUACCAUGGAUCGGGCUGUUACCUGGACGCCACGGCCGGGACCAAGUUCGUGGGUCAAUGGGACCACGGACGCAAACACGGACACGGACGCCAAACCUGGUCGUCCGGACAGUCCUACACGGGCAACUACCGCUUGGGACAACGACACGGCUACGGACGUAUGGUGUACGCGGACGGUACCGUCUACGCCGGGGGAUGGUCCAAGAGUCUCCGGCACGGAUAUGGAAUCCGCCUGUCCGCGAAAGACGUCGUUCUGCAUUGUGGUUUGUGGGAACGGGACUUGCCUUUGGUGUCGAACAAGGAUAGUAGUAUCCCACGUCAGACCCAAGAUGAUCUAGCCAUACUCCGUGAGCUUCGGAAAUCAUUCCGUGGCCCCGUCCGGUCCCUAGACGAUGGGGAUUUGACCCACGAUCGAGUUGUACUAUCAACAGACGUAGAGGAUGACGACUACGACGACCAACAAGAUUUUCCGAACGAGGCCAUUGACCUACCACCGGUCGACGAGAACGUGGCGGCGUGUUGA